UGACUGCAUUUAUCUGCUGGGGAGCGGCGCAGGUUUAUUCCGUGGGGUUUGGUGACCAUUCGGGAGGCGGGGAGGACGCUUCCUCCCCUUCCAGCGGGUCCGUGCACGUGCCACUGCCCCUUGGUAGGACGUUGGCGCUGGACCCUGUGGGGCUGGACUCCAAGGUGGUCCUCCUUGGCUCCUCUCGGCAGAUGAGGAAAUUGAGAUGACUCCUGUGGCGGCUCGCUGUGAGCUGGAGGACCUGAACACGAGACCCGAUCCAGAGCCGCUGCUGACCGAGAUGAUUCAUGCCGCAGCUUACAGGGAAAACACAGUGGGAUUGAACAGGUUCUGUCCAGCAGAGAACGUUGAGAAGAUUGACAGGAGGGUCCUCCAUUCAUACCUGAGGAAUUACUACACGCCCAGCAGGAUGGUGUUGGCUGGCGUGGGGAUUGAGCACGAGCAGCUUGUGGAAUGUGCUCACACGUACUUCCUGGGGGCCCACCAGCCUGGGGAAGCGGGAAAGCUGACGAUGUGGACAAGUCAGUGGCCCAGUACACCGGAGGGAUCCUCAAGCUUGAGAAGGACAUGUCAGACGUGAGUUUAGGGCCCACCCCCACCCCAGAGUUGGCCCACAUCACGAUUGGGCUGGAAAGCUGCUCGUUUCUGGUAAGUAUCCGCUUCUGGCUGCGGCGGCCCUUUCGCUGGACGUCUGAGUGACCGUCUGCUCUGGCUUCUCUGGUCAGGAGGAAGACUUCAUCCCCUUUGCCGUCUUACACAUGAUGAGGGGGGGGUGGCUCUUUCCCUGCCGGGGGCCCUGGCAAAGGCACGUUCACAUGGCUGUAUCUCAACGUCCUCAACCGGUAAGUCCCCGGGCUUUUCUGAAGGAACAGGAAAGCUCUUUUGCUAAGAGCUGGGAGUGGAGACAAGCCGAGGCAGAGUGCGGUGAUGGGAAUGGCUGUGUCAUGCUGCUGUGCAGGAUCUUCCCUCCAGAGGUUUUUAGGCAGGUGUCCGAAGGGACAAAGGAGUAAAAAUGUGUAGCCGCUUU